UCUCUACAGCCCCUGAUCUUUGAGAACCUUAUAAUGUCCCUUUGUGCCUCUUCUCACAAAGAGUUUCCUCAGCUGUUACCGAUUCAAGACAUGGAUAUCAAAAACUCACCAUCUAGCCUUAACUCUCCUGCCUCCUACAACUGCAGUCAAUCCAUCUUACCCCUGGAGCAUGGCCCCAUAUAUAUACCGUCCUCCUACGUGGAGAGCCGCCAUGAAUAUUCAGCCAUGACGUUCUAUAGCCCUACUGUGAUGAAUUACGGUAUUCCCAGCAGUGCCAGUAACUCCGAAGGUGGACCUGGUCGACAGACCACAAGCCCAAAUGUGUUGUGGCCAACCCCUGCACACCUCUCUCCCUUAGCGAUCCAUUGCCAGUCGUCGCUUCUGUAUACAGAACCUCAAAAGAGUCCUUGGUGUGAAGCAAGGUCACUAGAACCCACCUUACCUGUACACAGAGAGACACUAAAAAGGAAGGCUAGUGGGAGCAGUUGUGCCAGCCCGGUUACUAGUCCAAGUUCGAAGAGAGAUGCCCACUUCUGUGCGGUCUGCAGCGACUACGCAUCUGGAUAUCACUAUGGAGUCUGGUCAUGUGAAGGAUGUAAGGCCUUUUUUAAAAGAAGCAUUCAAGGACAUAACGAUUAUAUUUGCCCAGCGACAAAUCAGUGCACGAUAGAUAAGAACAGGCGCAAAAGCUGCCAGGCCUGCCGACUUCGGAAGUGCUAUGAGGUCGGGAUGGUGAAGUGUGGCUCCCGGAGGGAAAGGUGUGGCUACCGUGUCGUGCGAAGGCAGAAGAGCUCCGAGGAGCAGCUGCGCUGCGCCAGCAAAGCCAAGAAAGCCGGGGGCCACGUGACCCGCGUGAAGGAGCUGCUGCUGAGCGCCCUGAGCCCCGAGCAGCUGGUGCUCACGCUCCUGGAGGCGGAGCCGCCGCACGUGCUGGUGAGCCGCCCCAGCACCCCCUUCACCGAGGCCUCCAUGAUGAUGUCCCUGACCAAGCUGGCCGACAAGGAGCUGGUGCACAUGAUCGGUUGGGCCAAGAAAAUCCCAGGCUUUGUGGAGCUCAGCCUGUAUGACCAGGUGCGCCUCCUGGAGAGCUGCUGGAUGGAGGUGCUGAUGGUGGGGCUCAUGUGGCGCUCCAUUGACCACCCCGGCAAGCUCAUCUUUGCUCCCGACCUCAUUCUGGACAGGGAUGAGGGGAAAUGUGUAGAAGGAAUUCUGGAAAUCUUCGACAUGCUCUUGGCAACGACUUCAAGGUUCCGUGAGUUAAAACUCCAACACAAAGAGUAUCUCUGUGUCAAGGCCAUGGUCCUCCUCAACUCCAGUAUGCACCCGUUAGCCGCAGCAAGCCAGGAGGCUGACAGCAGCCGGAAGCUGACUCACUUACUGAACGCCGUGACCGAUGCUCUGGUCUGGGUGAUUGCCAAGAGCGGGAUUCCCUCCCAGCAGCAGCCAGUCCGCCUGGCUAACCUCCUGAUGCUCCUUUCUCACGUCAGACACGCCAGUAACAAGGGCAUGGAACACCUGCUCAACAUGAAGUGCAAAAACGUGGUCCCAGUCUACGACCUGCUGCUGGAGAUGCUGAAUGCCCACACGCUUCGAGGGCACAAGUCCUUGGUCACAGGGUCCGAGUGCAGCCCGGCAGAGGAGAGUAAGAGCAAAGAGGGCUUCCAGAACCUCCAGUCUCCUGAGUGAUGCCCAUCCUGGGGCGAACAGGCCACAGAGGAGGUCAGAGGCUGAAGUGUGAACCCCAAAUGCAAACCGCGAGCUCCAUCUGGAAGUGGGCGGGCUUCAUCGUCUUUCUCCUGCGUGGUCCCUCAUUGGGUCAUGGUAGGCUCAGCCAUGUGCCGUCCUUCACCUGACCUCUCCACUUCCCAGGAGUCAGGCUGAGAAAGCUAGGGAGCAUGUUUGAAUGCAGAGUUUACCUCUCGCUUGGCCUCAUAGAAUCUCAGUGUGGUUCCUUUCUUACUUUCCAUCUCCCUUCUGUUCCUCUGGGAAACAUCCUGAAGGUUUUGUAAUGAAUGGUGGAAAUCUGACAUGGAAGGUUUAUAAGGUAGAGAGGGAGAGAAUGAGGCACUUUAAAGAAGUGGACUAACCUUUAAAGAAAAUUUUUUUUAAAUGUUUAUUAUUAUUUUUUUUUUGAGAGAGAGAGACAGUGAGAGCAGGGGAGGGGCAGAGAGAGGGAGACACAGAAUCUGAAGCAGGUUCCAGGCUGUGAGCUGUCAGCACAGAGCCCUACGUGGGGCUGGAACUCACAAACCAUGAGAUCUUGACCUGAGCCGAAGUCGGAUGCUUAACCGACUGAGCCACCCAGGUGCCCCAAGAAGUGGACUAACCUUUAUUGUGCCACCUAACCUGCCCUUAGAUAGGCCUUUGUUUGCCCUCUUCCGGGCUACUUGAUUAUAGGAUUGAAAACCAAACAAUGAAUGAAUGAACUAGUUCCACAAACCUGCCUCACAAAUCUGUGAGGACUAAGGCCAUGUAUCACUAUUACCAUUGAAGGCCAGAGGGAUUGCAACCUGGGGAGCCGGUGGUCAGGCUGGGAAGGGAGCCACGUUCUCCACCCCUGCGCCCCCCCCCACUUGACCUUGCUGCCAUCUUCAUAGAGGUUCAUUCCUCUUGGUUUGCAUUCAUAGAGCCUGCUAAUUAUUUGGGGUGCAUGUGUGUUUGUGAUCACUUUCAUGGAGGAUUGUAGAGAUUUAAAUCUAACUGCCCCUGGAAUUUUCCUUCCUCAAAACUCUCUUGUCCCAGGUGCCCAGUGUGUGCGGGAGAAAGGCCCAGUGUUUGCAGGAAUGGGUUUCUCUUGUGGGUUUGGGUCACAGCCACAGUGCUUCCCUGGGACAUCCACAAUUGUCACAUCAGCCAUCCAUAGACAGGGACACGUCAGGCUGUGUGUGCAAGGCAUGCUGUUCUGUGGAAAGAUGAAUGGCUACAGACACACCGGUAUGUCAGGUUCACGGCCACAGUGUAGAUUUGGUGAGCAUUACCACCUGAACAACCCUGGUCUGCAAACUCUACUUAAAAAAAAAAAAAAAAAAAAAUAUAUAUAUAUAUAUAUAUUUAUAGCAAGAAUUCUUUUACAUCCUACGGCUCUUUUGAACUGUUUUCUUAUCAGAACAUUUCUAUGGUGAGUGUGUGGGGGGGGACUUCGUAAACUAUUUCAAGUGGAACAUAAAUAGGACGAGGUGAUAAAGCACCUCUGAAAUUACAGUUUUAACUCACUUUUUAACAAUGGAAACCUUCAGGAACAUGGUGAAUGCGUAAAAUGAGUUACAUCUGUACCUUGAAAGUGAGCAGUUAAAUAAUGUUCGAUUUUUUGAUGAUGUUUUAAAAAAUUACCUUGUGAGAGGAGAUUAAACUCAUUCUCUUUUCGAAAAUAGGUUUACUUUGCUAGCACACUCUGUAUUUACUAAAUCAUUAGGAAAAUUAAAUUCAAUGUUGUAAAGGUUGGUUUCUGCUAGGGAGUCCUUGGAUAAUUCUUAAUUUUGGUGCAGUUUUACUGAAAGUUGAGCAGAGCCGUUUCAGAAACACGUGGACACAGACCUAGAGAACACGCCAUUGUCUGUAGUCUAAGGUGGCCUGAAAUUAUUCCUAGUGGCUCAGUGUUGCAGCCGAGGUGAGAUUUGGUAUAGAUCACAUGGACUGCUUUUUACAGGAACUGGGGAACCAGUGUCAUCCAGAAGGUCAGUUUUCUUUCUGGGCAGCCUAGAACCCUGCACGUUGAACAGAAGAUAGCAGGUUGGGGAAACCGAAGUGGGAGGCAAAGGAGGCAGUCUUGAACAAGUAUUUGCUGAUGAAGUUCUCUCUCUCUUUUUUCAUGUUUGUUUAUUUUGUGCAUGCGUACGCGAGAGAGAAAGAGCGCACGCGCGCAAGCUGAGGAGGGGCAGAGAGCGAGAGACAGAGGAUCUGAAGCAGGCUCCGCGCUGUCGCACAGAGCCCGAUGCAGGGCUUGACCUCACGACACUGUGAGAUCAUGACUUCAGCUGAAGUCAGACGCUUAACUGACUGAGCCACCCAGGUGCCCCUGCUGAUGAAAUGUUCUUAAUUGUACUUACAAAAGAGACUACCAGGUUCAAAAACAAAAACAAAACAGAAUGAGGUCCAAGCCACUGCCACAGGAGCAUGCAGUGACAUUUUUUAGGUUGGAUUUUGCUGCCCAAGGUAGAAACCAGAUUUGUCUCAGGUGUCUAAGCACCUUUCCGUGCCAAACCCUGUGCUUGCCCGGAGGGUGCAUGUGCUUGAGUAAACCCUUCCAGUGCCCACUACUCAUCCCCUCAUUAUUCCCGCAUGUUUCUUGAGGCUGCUUGCUUCACUGCAUUUAGAUUCAGCCACAAGGGGGAUGUAACACGUUGGUAAUUUCUUCUUAGCUCAGGUUGCCAUUCGGGGUGGGGGGGGGUGUGUGUGUGCUGCUGGUACAGGUUAGUCCAGCCUGGGGGGGCCUCUUCCGUGCAAGGCUGUCUCUUAGAACUGGGAUCUGGGCCAAGUAGGCAGUUGAGAUGACAUGGCGUAUAGUUGAAAAGAGUUCUUCAUUUUGUUUAGAAUGUUUUAGGGCCCUUUCCCCCACUGCAGAUGGAGUGUUUUGAAUCUCUGUGCCCAUCUGCUCCAAACGUGUCCUCUAAAGAUGACACCAGUGUGCAGUUUUUAUGUUGUUGGUAAACUCUCAGUAUCCAUUUUAAAGAUGAAUCAUUUCUCUUUAAUAGUGCUUUCUUUUAAAUGUCGUCUUUUUUUGGGGGGUAUCCAUACCCCUCAAAGUGAUCUAUAGACAACUUUAAAUUCUGCCAUAGCUAAGCCAGGAUUUUGUUGUUUCCAAGAUCAGUUUUCAAAAGGAAUUAACUCAGGGAAAUAGGACCUGAUAAAUGUAAACAGGAAUUAACUUGAGUAUUGGAGGGGGAAAAAAACCCCACCCAGCUACACUUUAUGUAUUAUGGAAAAAUGAUCUUAGCUUUGCCUCACACUCGUGUGGCAAGAUUCUUUUCUUCCAUUUUGAUCUGCAAGUUAUUGUUUAAGAAGCUUAUUGGUGGGAGAUGAAUGAGAUUUGGGCUUAAUUCCAAAAACACGAGUGUCUCAUACAGAAUCAUAUGGCAAAUGUUAAUGAAAUAAUUAACAUGGAAUAUUCUUAACACAGGGAACGUUAGAAGAGAGCAUUCACUCGGAAUCCCGGGAGGGAACUGGCAAUUCCUAGAGAGGACGGUGUGGGUGAGCCUGGGGCUGCACAGUGAGUGUGCACACGUUGUCCUUUGUCCCCCACCCUUCCCCCGUCCCCUCUGUGUGGCCUCAGGCCUGUCACAUUCAUACUGUCUACUGGGACCAUUACAGAGGAUUUGACCCUAACAUCAUUUUGAAGAGAUUUUUCUUGAACACUUGAGGUGGGAACGGAAGAUUGUCAGCCUAAUAACAAAUCUAGAAGGUCUCAACUGUAUUAAAAACAAAACAAGGCAAAUCAACAAAAGUUCUGCAGUGAGACAGUCUUUAUCUGGAUUAUUUCACCUGCCGACUCAGCUAGAAGGCAAUUAUUCUAGAGCUCAGUAAAAAGACAUGAGUUACCAGUUCUUGGCAGAGUGACUUAUAUAAUCAUAUAAGUAAGCUAGGUUGAAGCAAAUCUAGAAUAUUCUAGCAUGUGAAAAGUUUGGUUUUUAUUUAAAUCAGCUAAGGAGCUUGCAUAUAGGGACACUUUUUCAAAUUCAAGGUGCACCUUCAGUAUAUAGGUCUAUUUUGAAACAAAAUGUUUUUUUAUUGAGUAAGAUUUGACCCAUUUCUUUAAGCUGCUGAAAGCCUUUUAGAAAACAUAAUAAAGGUUACGUGAAGGAGAUGAUAAAAAUACAUCAUUUAGUACCUAAAAAUAACAUUUGUGGAACACUUACUGUGUGCCACAGUCCUCCAUGCCUCAUACUUUUGCAUUUACUCUUCAUAAUAAUUACCGUUAUCCUAAUUUUCUGGCUCUGGAAAACAGAGGGUACAAGCAAACUUGCUCAAGGUCACACAGGGCAGUUAGUGACAGAGCUAAACACAAGUAAAGUUCCAAAGCUUAAAGUAAUCAUGCAGUUUAGUUAAAAACAAAACACACACCAAAAAAACCCCCAAAACACUAAAGAAAUAUUUUUAGACUGCGGAAUCCAUUCAUCAAUUGCGAUCUGACACGCAUGGCUGCUCUGGUUUAAGUGGGGCCUUCCCAAUUUCCGCAAUACCCUGUAGGCACAGUGACAGCUUGCAAACUUGACAGAGGUUGAGUCUCAUCUUUUAUCCACACGUAAAAUUAAAGCCCAGAGGGGUAAGCUGACCUGCUCAAAGUCACAAAACUACUUAUGGCAAAAGUUGGACAGGAAUGGAAGUCUUCUGCCUGCCUGGCCAGCAUUGCUCCUGCUGCUUGAUGUGAAUCUCAGUGUGUAACACACAUUAGAGUUAGGGUUGCCUCUGGGCACCUGGGUGGCUCAGUCACGAGCAUCUGACUUCAGGUCAGGUCAUGAUCUCACAGUUCGGGAGCUCAUGUCCCACUUCUCUCUCUCUCUCUGUCUUUAUGGGAUUCUCUCUCUCCUCUCUCUUUCUUCCUGCCCUUGCUCUUGUGCCCUCUCGCUCAAAAAGGAAAAAAAAAAAGAAAAAAAGCUAUGGUUGCCUUCUGUUGUAUCUUUAGGUUCUCCUACCUUUUUGGCUUAGAUGGGGCCUGCACAAAACUUUAUACAGGUGGAACAGAAAAUGAAGAGUUCUAUUGUUCCCUCACCCUGGGCUCCUAAGCCAGUGGGUGGUAUUCCUGUCACCUCCUGUCUGCUAUUGCUUUCCCCAGAUGCACUGGAGUGGAGUACGGGGUUCCUUGGAAAUUUACCCCUGUAAAAUUCUCACACCUUUUAGGUACUUACUGAUGCUUCCCCGUGGAGUUUGGUAUACAGUCGUGUGAAACACAUGCCGUGUAUUCUUUGUAGCUCUCAAAGUUGCUGGAAUUUUGGCUCCAGUGACAGCUCGAAGAUGUGCAUUGUCUCUGCGAUAUGCAAUCUUCUUAUAACCCUUUUUGUUGCUUUGGAGUCAAGGAUCCUUCUCCCCCCCCCCCCCCCCCCGCCUUUCUUUUAUUUUUGGAGUUCCAAGGAUCCUAUCCACUUGUGAGGCCAGUGGCUGGCUGUUAAUGUGUGGGAGGAUUUCCUUCAUGGGAAGGGCGAAGGCUUGUGAACGCUGGUCCUGAGCAGCUCCUAUUAGCACGGUCUCCGCACGUUUGUUCUUCUGCGCUGGGUGUCUAACUGCCCGGACUCUUGGUGCUGUGACUUUGUCAUCUGGUGGUCCUGUGUACCUCAGAGCCUGUUGGCUGGCUAUAGCUUGUCAUUUUUUCAGGUGAAUGCUUUGUACCAUUAAGCAGCCUUGUACAUUUGGGCCUUUUUACAAAUGAAUGUUGUGUGACAGCAAGUUUUGAGGUCUGCUUUCCGUUCUUCCCAUGACUGCUUUUCCCCUUUGCUGUGUCCCCUUAAUGUUUAUGGAAAGAAGUUUAAUGUGACAUAAGCUAAAUAAAGUGUUUUUCAUAA